ACAGCGACUAGCGACGCUUCCCAGGCAACGCGCGCGUUCAUUUUCAGCACCACCUCCGCCGUUCAUCGCACCACAACACAUCGACGUGAUGGCACCGCAUAUUAACGGCAUGUAACGCCGAAUAGCUCGCCGAAAGAACACCGAGAGGAGACAACUACAGUUAUUAGUCGGUGUGUGUAGUUGAGCACAGCCAUGCCUCUUGUAAAGAGGGCCAUCGAGCCCAAGCACCUGUGCCGGGGCGCCCUGCCCGACGGGGUCACCAACGAGCUGGAAUGUGUCACAAACAGCACACUGGCGGCCAUCAUCAAACAGCUGGGAGGACUCAGUCGACAUGCGGAGGACGUCUUCAGGGAGCUGUUUAACGAGGCCAACAGCUUCUACAUGCGCAUGAACAGUUUACAAGAGCGCGUCGACCUGCUGGCGGUGAAGGUCACACAACUGGACUCCACUGUGGAGGAGGUGUCCUUACAGGACAUCAACAUGCGGAAAGCGUUCAAGAGCUCCACUAUUCAGGACCAGCAGGUGGUGUCCAGAAACUCCAUCCCCAACCCUGUCAUGGAGAUGUACCAGCGCUGUGACAAACCACCUCCUCUCAACAUCCUCACGCCGUACAGGGAUGACAAAAAAGAUGGGCUCAAAUUCUAUACCGAUCCAUCCUACUUUUUUAUCCUUUGGAAGGAAAAGAUGCUGCAAGCCACAGAGAACAAGAGGAAGGAGAAACGACGGCAGAAGGCUUCUUUAAAAAACACUAAAAAUAUUGAACUAUUGGCUCCUCCUCCAGGUAUCCAGCUUCGUAAGGUGCAAGAGCAGAGAGAACAGGAAGCCAAGAAAGAGCCAGUGGGUAACGACGUGGCCACAAUCCUGUCCCGACGCAUCGCUGUGGAAUACAGUGAAUCAGAUGAGGACUCUGAGCCGGAGGAGAACGAGUGGUCCGAUUGAGGCUCGGGAGGCGAGAUCUGCGUCCAUAAUGCUGCUAUUUUCCAUUCCUGCACAUACUACACACCCCUCAGACGGUCAGAAGGACCUCGGAUGGGGCUACCGAGGAGAUCAUGACAGACAGAGAAGGAAGGAAACAGAACUUGUGCGAUGCAAGGUGAAGGACACAGGGCAGAAGAUGACAAAAGAGAGUUUGGUGAGGUAAGCACAGGAACUGUUAGAAUACAGUUUGUCUCAUUAUUGUAAUGUAAAUUCAACAUACUAGCACUUCUUUAAGAGUCACCAAGAAAAUACUUAUUGAAAAAAAGUCAUUCUGUGAUUUUGAUUAUAUAUUUUUGGUAGCUGUCCAGAGAAUAUAGAGAAAUACUUAUCCAUCUUUUGUGGUACACGAAAAUGAUGGUCAACAGUGAUAUUAGCACUUGUAUUAAUUUUAUGUUACAAAUCACUGCCACAGUAUGGUUACACAAACAAAUUUGUUGUGGUAUCUCUGGCUUGCUUCACGUGAGAUGCCCUGAGUACAGUAUGGACAAUCAGAUCAUCGCUACAGUAUCAAAGUACAUUUCUCCUUCAAUAUCACAACUCUCCAUUAUCCAAAAUUUGUCACUUUGUUCAAUUGUGGACAGUGUUGUGAUGAAUAUUCAUACUCCAAUUAAGCAAUGAGUACAUUUCUUGAUGCUUUCGUUGUUUGCUUCUUUUUUUUUAUUUCUUAAGGAACAGAUGUGGCCAAUAAUUAAUUACUGCUCACAGUUUACUAAUUGUGUGUGUGUGUUUGUGUGUUGUGUGUGUGCCUAAAUGCGUCAAAUGAGGUGAUGGAGUGCAAGACGGUGUCAUCCGCUAUUUUAGAUUACUACAAUUUGUAACAAUACGCUGUAAUUUACAAGUACUGUAUCAUUAAUGUGUUUUACAAUUUAUUGUUGUAUAGAUUUUUGUAACACUGCUGAAAAGAUGGAAAAGGCAACCUUAUGUUUAAGCUAUCAUGUGGUAAUUAUAUAGCCUAUAAUGU